GAAGGAAAGGCCUACCCUCUUCCAAAAUGUCCGCCCGCAGUCCUGACGUCACCCGGAUGGCUUCAUCAAUCCAGAAAGCCUGUGCGCUCCAAUCAGGACUCAGUCCCCUCACCCACUGCCUUUGAUCACGUCACUUCCGGUGGUGCAGCAGCCAUUUUGUCAGUCGCCAGCGGAUCCCGCGCGCUGGAGAAGUGCAGUUCCCCCUGGUUACCAACUCGUCGGUUCUGCCUUUGCGCUGCAGGCGCCGUCGAAUAGCACUCACCACAGAUACAGCCAUUCCUCCCUACAGUGCCGCCGCCGCUGUUGCAUCCGUCCGGAGCUAGUGCGCUGUCUUCCUCCCCCACCACUGACAGGCGCCCUUAGGGAGCCGCCGUCAGAGAUGUCAAGCGAGGAAAGCUACCGGGCCAUUCUUCGCUACCUGACAAACGAGCGUGAGCCGUAUGCUCCGGGCACGGAGGGCAAUGUCAAGCGUAAAAUCCGCAAAGCGGCCGCCUGCUAUGUGGUGCGCGGUGGGACCUUGUACUACCAGCGGCGGCAGCGGCACCGCAAGACCUUCGCGGAGCUGGAGGUAGUGCUGCAGCCCGAGCGGCGCCGGGGGCUCAUCGAGGCGGCGCACCUGGGCCCGGGCGGCACUCACCACACCCGGCAUCAGACCUGGCACGACUUGUCCAAGACUUACUGGUGGCGAGGUAUAUUAAAGCAAGUGAAAGAUUACAUUAAACAGUGUAGCAAAUGCCAGGAGAAGCUAGAUCGGUCCCGUCCAAUAUCAGAUACUUCAGAAAUGUUAGAAGAAUUGGGACUAGACCUUGAGUCUGGAGAAGAAAGUAAUGAAUCAGAGGAUGAUCUGAGCAAUUUUACUUCAGCUCCAACUGCAGCCUCCAAGCCUGCAAAAAAGAAGCCAGUGUCCAAACAUGAACUUGUAUUUGUUGACACCAAAGGAGUGGUGAAACGUUCUUCUCCAAAACAUUGUCAGGCUGUCUUAAAGCAGCUCAACGAACAGAGACUCUCCAACCAGUUCUGUGAUGUUACUUUGUUAAUUGAGGGAGAGGAGUACAAAGCUCAUAAAUCUGUUCUAUCAGCUAAUAGUGAAUAUUUUCGAGAUCUUUUUAUUGAGAAAGGAGCUGUUUCCAGUCAUGAGGCAGUGGUGGAUCUUUCUGGUUUUUGUAAGGCAAGCUUCCUUCCUUUAUUGGAAUUUGCCUACACUUCUGUGCUAAGUUUUGACUUCUGUAGCAUGGCUGAUGUAGCCAUCCUGGCUCGUCAUCUUUUCAUGUCGGAAGUUUUAGAAAUCUGUGAGAGUGUGCAUAAACUAAUGGAAGAGAAGCAGCUAACAGUAUAUAAGAAGGGUGAAGUACAAACAGUUGCAUCCACCCAGGACUUACCAGAACAAAAUGGAGGCACUGUGCCUCCUGUGGCUAGCAACGAGGGGACCACAACAUUAUCUACUGAACUUGGGGACUGUGAAAUUGUACUGUUGGUGAAUGGAGAAUUGCCAGAAACUGAGCAGAAUGGAGAGCUAGGACAGCACCCUGAACCCCAGGUUUCUUCAGAAGCCGAAGCCACUCUGUCACCUGCAGGCUGUAUAACUGGUUCCCAUCCUGAAAUGGAGUCUGUUGAUUUAGUAACAAAAAAUGAUGAGACAGAAGUAGAAACUUUAAACAGAGAAGAUAGCGCACCUUCUGAUAUUAAUCCCAAACUUUCAAAAGAGAAUGUGAUCAGUAACUCUCCAGAAAACAGUGAUAUGGGAAAUGACCCAUCAAGUGAAGAUAUCUGUGCUGAAGACAUUCCAGAGCAAAUGCAGAACCUUAGCCAGUCUUUAAAAGAUCAGGAAAAUCUAGUUGCACUGACAGCAAAGCCAGACCUUAGCACUGAUGAUGAAACUUACAGAAGCAGACUUCGGCAGCGUUCUGUUAAUGAAGGGGGAUAUAUCCGGCUACACAAAGGAAUGGAGAAAAAGCUACAGAAACGGAAAGCCAUUCCCAAGUCAGCAGUUCAACAGGUAGCCCAGAAAUUAGUUCAAAGAGGGAAAAAAAUGAAACAGCCAAAAAGGGAUACGAAAGAGAAUACUGAAGAAGCAGCAUCCCAUAAAUGUGGGGAAUGUGGAAUGGUUUUUCAGAGACGAUAUGCCCUUAUAAUGCAUACACUGAAACAUGAAAGAGCUAGAGAUUACAAAUGUCCGUUGUGUAAAAAACAGUUUCAGUACAGUGCCUCCUUGCGAGCACAUCUUAUUCGACAUACCAGAAAAGAUGCACCCACUUCAUCUUCUUCCAAUUCCACGUCUAAUGAGGCAUCAGGAACAUCGUCUGAGAAGGGGAGAACCAAACGAGAAUUUAUAUGUUCCAUAUGUGGAAGGACAUUACCUAAAUUAUAUUCUCUUCGAAUACACAUGUUAAAGCAUACAGGUGUAAAGCCACAUGCAUGCCAGGUCUGUGGAAAGACUUUCAUCUAUAAACAUGGUCUAAAAUUGCACCAGAGUCUCCAUCAAUCACAAAAGCAGUUCCAGUGUGAACUAUGUGUUAAGUCAUUUGUUACCAAACGGAGUCUUCAAGAACAUAUGAGUAUUCACACAGGAGAGUCCAAGUACCUUUGCUCAGUUUGUGGAAAGUCUUUUCACAGGGGCUCUGGCCUCAGCAAGCACCUAAAGAAACACCAGCCAAAGCCUGAAGUUCGAGGCUAUCAUUGUACUCAAUGUGAAAAAAGUUUCUUUGAAGCUAGAGAUCUUCGUCAGCACAUGAACAAACAUCUUGGUGUGAAGCCAUUCCAGUGCCAAUUUUGUGAUAAGUGCUAUAGUUGGAAGAAAGAUUGGUAUUCCCAUGUGAAGUCUCAUUCUGUUACUGAGCCUUAUAGGUGUAAUAUAUGUGGCAAAGAAUUUUAUGAAAAAGCAUUGUUCAGAAGGCAUGUAAAGAAAGCUACCCAUGGAAAAAAAGGAAGAGCGAAGCAGAACCUGGAACGGGUAUGUGAACAAUGUGGAAGAAAAUUCACUCAGCUAAGAGAGUAUAGGAGACACAUGAACAACCAUGAAGGAGUUAAGCCAUUUGAAUGCUUAACAUGUGGAGUAGCUUGGGCUGAUGCCCGAUCUCUAAAACGCCACGUCAGAACGCAUACUGGUGAACGGCCCUACGUCUGCCCUGUAUGUAGCGAAGCCUACAUAGAUGCUCGAACCCUCCGUAAACAUAUGACUAAAUUCCACAGAGAUUAUGUGCCUUGCAAAAUUAUGCUGGAAAAAGAUACCCUUCAGUUUCAUAACCAAGGAACUCAAGUCGAGCAUGCUGUUAGUAUCUUAACAGCAGACAUGCAGGAACAAGAAAGCAGUGGUCCUCAAGAACUUGAGACUGUGGUCGUGACAGGAGAGACCAUGGAAGCACUCGAAGCCGUGGCAGCUACGGAAGAGUGUCCAUCAGUAUCUACGCUUUCUGACCAAAGUAUUAUGCAAGUGGUUAAUUACGUGUUGGCACAACAGCAAGGACAGAAGCUGUCUGAAGUUGCAGAAGCGAUUCAAACUGUCGAAGUAGAGGUGGCACAUAUUUCAGAAACAGAGUGAAUAUAGUCUUGGAGAAAGAAAGAAGGGUCCUAGCAUUGUAUACUGAACUCACAGAACAUUUGUUUACAGUACUGUGCGACUGUCUGCCUAGAGCCUGUAUGUCAAGGCUCUGGGCUCUUGGGUGAGGUUUUAACACUUCUAAAUGAUUUGUCUGGCUGAUAGGUUCUGUUGAAAAGUCCAUUUACUGUAAAGAAGUUGAAAACAAAUAUACUUGAUGGCAUUGGUUUAUCAUGGUGUACUUUUUAUGAAUUGAUGUUUAUAAAGGACUGUACUAAAUUAAAAACUGUAUAGUUUCACUUGCAUUUUGACAUGAUCAUCUACUUUGAGUUUAAAAGGCUGUACUAGUCAGAUUUUCUUCUUUUAUUCUCAAAAUAGGUUCUGUGAUUUCAUUUGCCCUGUUUAUAGGUCUAAAAAAAUUCUAAUAUAAAGCAUUUUAGUAGGAUGCAUAGGUACAUUACAUUUUUAAAAUGCUUCGGUCUGUGAUUCUUGACUUACUAUUUAUUUUAACCCCUUAUAAGUCAGGGAUUUAUUCUGUUUUAAAGCACUUAAUGAGUUACAUGUUGUAAUCAAGUUUGCACAGUAUACUUAUCUAUAUGGGGAGCCCUUAAAUACAUAGCUGAUUUUUAAAAUGCAUGAAAUGCCUAUUAAAGCCUUACUAUAUACUAUCUCUUCAAGGCAAGUAAAUUGACCACGAGCAAAGAACACUGUUAUUAAACACUGUUGAUGGGAAAUUUCUUCUUGAUAACAUGGGACAAUAAAUGGAAAAAAAAAGAUCUCAUUCUUUUGCUGAAAGAAUGAACAAGUUAAAACUAGAUUUGGUAUGUUUGCAGCUUUUGUAUCAUGUUUAAUUGUUCAAUUUUGUUGAAAAACUGCAAUUUAGAAAUAGGAUAGCAAUAUAGACAUCUAAAGCGGUCCUGAGGAUACCAUAUAAUUGUUGAGUAACUUCAGAAUAGUGAAGUCUUCAAUUCAGCCCUCAUUAUAGUAUACUACUCAAAGAAAUUGAUUAUGGUCCACCAAAUUGUUGGAAGUAAAUUAUUUUUAAAAGUUACUUGUGAAUUAUAUUAAUUUGUGUGUUUGAUUUUUAAAUUCCCACUUGUAGAAGCUAUCCAGUUUUCUGAUUUUCUGAUUUUCAAAAUAACCAUAGGGAGAUGCCACAUUUCUCUCCUGUGGGUAGCUACCACUCAAACUAUAAUUGUUAAAAUUAAACUUUUUAAGUAUUAGCAGCUAAUAUAAAGUAUAAAAUGAAAAUAAAAGCAAAUCACAUGUAAAUCAUUCCUAAAGCACAAGAAAAGAAUGUGCCUUGAUGUACAUAUAUUAUUAAGAUACUUAUUCCAGUUUACUUUAAGAAUAGCUUAAAAGAUAAAGAAUAAAUGUGAUGCCAUGCAUGCGUUCUACCUGCAUAUGUAAUAUUUGCAUUUGCAAAUUUCCCAUUGUCUCUAUAGCUGUGUGGCUGACUUUUGAAUUUUAAGUGAAUUGACAUACAGUCUAUAACUUUACAAUGGCUGCUUGUUUAUUGUAUCUUUCAGUUAGUGAAAAUGUGUUUCAACCUGACUAAAAUUUGGAAUUGUGUCUUUUAUGUUCCAUCCUCACUGUUACUAGAUUUAGUUAAUUGUAUAAGACUGUUGAUGUAUGUCAAAAAUAUGUAAAUAAAACAUGUCGAAUCUUGUUUAAAAGCAUAAGCUUUGGAGUUGAGCUUGUCACUAUUUUCAAAUUAUAAAUCAGUGGCCGUUAUUUGAUAGGUUGAUUCAGUUUUAUAGUGGUAUGGGGGGCUCUUCUCUGUUUACAGUUCCUUUUUAGAAACACGGGCUGUUUUGUUGCUGUCAGUGACUUUCCCCAUUGGGCACUCCCAAUUAUCACUACUGCUGUUAAGCAGUUUGAGUCUUUGCUGUUAGUCACUGAAACGUGUAUGUUGUUGAUAGAAAUGAAUUAAUUUUCUAACACGGUUUUUAAUCUGUUUUAUUAAAAGUGGCUCACAGAAUUUCACAAGGUUGCCUGAACUGCUGGGCUUAGAGCUAAUCCAAACCUUCCUUCAGUGUUUUGUGAUUUUUAAUAGCAUUGGUGUAAACUGUGCAUGCAUGAUAUUUCCUGCUCAUGAUUCUUGUCAAAACUCUAUCUCUUGGGAGUUCCUAAAUUUACAUCUAAUGUUUGGAACAUACACAAUAAAAGCCUUUCCUUCCCCUGA